CCAGAAUGACUGCAUCUAAAAUAGGUCAGAAACUGCAAAUGCACGCCAGGUAAUUAUUUUAAGAAAAACAGCAGAGGUGGAUGAGGAAAUGCCUACACUUAUACCAUGUGUGUGUGGCAUCGUGUUAAAGAGGAGAGCAAAGGAGAAAGAGAGUUACGGACUAUAUUCAGUGAAUAAAUUGCUAACAUUUCUGAACAUAAACUGCAGGGAUCUAGUUAGAAUGAGCUCUCCCAACUCUCUAUCUGUCCACCGUGCUGCUAUGGAACGCUGACAGGCUCAUAAUCCAUACGGUUCAUUCCGUCAUGCAGUGCUAAUCUAAGAUCCCUCGCAGGUUGGAGAUUAACUGGUAGUAGAGAGAGUGCGAGAGAGAGGCAGUGACCAUAGAUUUAGGCCAAUAGCAUCACAGGGCAAACACUGGCCAGGGACAGGAGAGAAAGAGUGGUAGAAAGACAAGAGAAGGAGAGAGAGUGGGCGCCAUACAGACAUACAGACAACACAUACACAUUGAGACAAACGCUAGGAAUCCAGAAACUACGCCCACAAGCUAGUUUUACAAAGACAAGGAUGGCCACCAUGAUUUCUGCCAGUAUCUAGUGAAGCCCACCUGAACACAACUCUAUAGUCCGGAGUUGACACAUUGUCCACCUGCUCAGCGUGUCCAGCGAAAACCCACUGCCCUGGACCUGCUGCGGGGGACACAGACUGGGAGAAGGAGGAGAGAGGGGAACAAGAGGACCAGGUCAGGAAAGAGACUCGAGCGGCACCUCCGAGGAGCCAUGAGGACAGCCAGGCGGGCCAGCACCGUGGAGGUGCCCUCCUUCCUCCGCCAGCUAGCCAAGGAGACAGAGAAGAUGGUCACCUUCUUCUUUAAGGGGGGACAGAGAGAUGGCCAGGAGGGGAGCGAAGAGGACUUCAGUGAUGAGGAUAACGGGCCGAGCGUCUACCUGGACCGGCCCGUCCUGGAUAAACACACGGCCGAGGGGAGGUCUCAGUGGGGGGUGAACUAUGCAACGGCCAGCAUGCAGGGCUGGAGGGCGCAGAUGGAGGACGCCCACGCCUGCAUGCCGGAGAUGGGAGGGGAGCUGGCGGAGUGGGGCUACUAUGCAGUGUUUGAUGGACACGCUGGCAACACGGUGGCACAGUACUGCUCCCAUAACCUGCUGCAACACAUCCUCGCUACAGGGCGCGUAAAGGCACAGGAGGACCCUGACGACGUGAAGGAGGGGAUCAUCGAGGGCUUCCUGGCCAUUGACAGCCACAUGCACACACUGACGCGCCAGGAAUGCUGGGAGCGCAGCGGCUCCACGGCGGCCGCCGUCAUGCUCUCGCCGCAGUACGUCUACUUCGUCAACUGUGGCGACUCGCGGACGCUCCUCUGCCGCGACGGCCAGGUCAUCUUCUACACGGAGGACCACAAGCCCUUCAACCCCAGGGAGAAGGAGCGGAUACAGAACGCGGGCGGCUCGGUGACCCAGCAUAGGGUGAACGGCUCCCUCGCCGUGUCCAGGUCCCUGGGAGACUUUGACUUUAAGGAGGUGGACUGGAGGUCCCAGACUGAGCAGCUGGUCUCCCCAGAGCCAGAGGUGUACGAGCUGGAGAGGUCCCCGCAAGACGAGUUCCUCAUAGUGGCUUGUGACGGAGUGUGGGACGCCAUCGGCAACGAGGAGCUGUGUGCGUUCGUCCACAGUCGCCUGCAGGUGUGCGAUGACCUGAGGGAGAUCUGCAACCAGGUCAUUGACCUCUGCCUCUAUAAGGGUAGUUUGGACAACAUGAGCAUCAUCAUCGUGACCUUCCCUGGUGCACCCCAGGUGUCACAAGAAGCCCUACAAAAAGAGGCCGAGCUAGAGACAAUCCUCGAAGCCAAAGUGGAAGAGAUUGUCAACUUGCUAAAGUCGCGGGACAAGGACCCGGACCUGCUGUACGUGAUGAAGUUUCUGGUCUCUGAGGACAUACCUGGCCUGCCACCAGGGGGAGGAGUCACCAGCAAAAGAGACUGUGUCAUCUCUGCAUAUCAGAAGUUUGUAACGCCCUUCAGAUCUCUGGAACCAAUGGACAUCGGAGGAUCUGAAGAGUCCAACUAGUCGUAUCCAUGGAAAUGUAUUCUUCAGCCUCUUGUAUCCAUGGCGACCAUUUAGAAUUGGGGCCUCCGCUUUUCAGCUGAGCAAACAACCAAUGGCUAAAUAAAGAACUAUGGUGGGAGGGGGUGUGACCUGGGCCUGUCCUUAGCCAAUCAUCUCUUCUCUGUUCCUCAUUUGCACUGUCUAUCAAUACGUCUACUGGAGCAUCAGAGAAUAUCAAAUAGUUAGCAUUAUUCCAGUAAGGGAAGAAUGACAUAUUCCAAAACAUGAUAAUUAGAUAUAAUAUUUAUUAACUUUCUUACUUUACACUUUACAGUGCCUGGGUAGUUAAUUUUCUUCAAGACUAGAAGCUUAUGAAUAAGGCUGAUCAUGUUACUUCAUUUAAAAUGCCGCAUCAAAUUCAAUUGAAAAAAAACCUAGUGAAGGCUCCGAUAUGCAUGUUUCCUGUGAUGGCAUGGCCUACACUAAAUAAUCUGCAUAAUCCUGUGAGGGACCAUAGGUGACAGGAAUAGAUGUGUGUCAUGACGAUGAUGGACACCACAUCAUAUGUCCAAGGGUGUGUGUGUGUGGAUAACAUGGGCUGUGGGAUUAUUAGAACACACAUUGUAACCUGUUGCAGUUUGGAGCACAGACGCUGACAGUUAGACACGAUUGAGACCCGUGUGACAGGUAAAGGAGUACAGCUACAGGUAAAAUGUUCUUCUGCUUUUGAAAAUAAGCGUGUUUUUGCCGUUAGCACGUUUUUUCUUUUCGAU